UCAGUGUUGUCAGAAAUUUUUAAUAUAUUUAUAAAAUAUUUUCUUCAUAAAAUGGAAUCUUCUGAAGUAGAUAUUGUUGUAUUUGAUAAAUCUACUGUAAAUGAACUUGAAAUAUGUGAAAUAAAACGACAGGAUACUGUUAUACUACGUGAUUCUGUUGAUACACCUAUGAGCUCAUCAAAAGUAAAGCUCAAAAAUAUCGUCGAUUACAAAUGGGAAACGAAGCCUUAUACUGGAAGAUUGGUUGCUGCACAUAAAUGUGGAAACAUUAUUGCUUACACCAUUAAAGCGAAAAAUCAUGAAAAAAUUGAAGGAAUGAUUCGAAUAGUCAAUGUAGAAAAUGGAAAACGAACACUGUUAAAAGGAAUGAAUAGUGAAGCACUUGAUCUAGAAUUUGCAUUUCUAGAUGAUCUUAUACUACUUGCUUACAUAAAUGAUUCAACAUUAUACGUUCAAAAAAUUGAAGAAUCUGACGAUCAACUUUCAUCUUCGAUAGUGCUACAAUUAGAGAAUGGCAUAGAACACGUAAACACUUACGACAAAGUAACUUGGUGUCCCUAUAUUCCUGAGUCAGCCUUUGAAAGCGAUACCUAUGCUUCGCAGUUAUUGACGUGGUCAAGAGGCUCUACUUUUCAUUGUUAUAGCAUAACUGAUAUUACAUGGAAAUAUGGGAAUGGUCCUCACAAAGCUUCCGAUAUUGAAGAAGGCAGCUUGACUUUUAAGGAAUUAAAGUCAAAUAUUCUAGAUAUUGGGUUUUCGCCAGACGGAACUACUCUAGCUACUUGCACACAAGAUGGAUAUGUUAGGUUUUAUCAGGUCUAUCUUCAUUCGUUAGAUGGUACGCCAAGAAGAUUACACGAGUGGAUACCUCACGAUGGUAAACCUGUUAAAAAAAUCAUGUUUUUGGACAAUUUAAACCAAAAUACUACAGAUGAGCCAUUGUGGAAAAAUGCUAUCACCUUCUCGGAAGAAAAAUGUGAAAUAAAACUUUGGUGCUGUGAAACAUGGAAAUGUCUGCAGUCCAUUGCGUUUCGAAACCUUAUUGAUGUACCAGUUCAUUUGUCUUUGGGUCUGGAUAAAACUGCUUCAUAUAUGGUAGUUUCAGACAUGUAUGAUCAACAGAUGUACGUUUUUCACAUAGAUAAAAGUAUCGUCAAUACUUCGGAAAAUCAAGACAAAAAAACGUGUAUCAAAUCUGUUGCUAAAUUUCCACUUGCCUCACAGAUUCUUAGUUUUGAUAUUGUAAGCGCCAAUGUUCAGGAGAACAAAAGUAGUCUAAGCGAUGCUUAUAUUACAAAUGAAAUUGACGAAUAUGACGAUGACACUAAUAAUACUCAAUGUAUUGUUCUAAAAAUGUUUCUAGUUCAACCUAAAAGUGUCCAGGAAUGCAAUCUCUUCUAUAAUCAAAUUGCUGUACAAGAUGUACAAAAUAGAAAUGAUGCAACUAUUGGUGAAGUAGAAAAAAAUGAAAAACAAAUGAUCCUAAAUGAAGGAUCCAAAGAUACCAAUCAAGAUAAUAACCAAAACUUUGGUAUUAUUAAAAACAGUCCAAUUCCAACAGAAAAGCACGAUGAUGUAAGUGGUAAAUCAAGUCCAAGUAGAGAAGUUGAAAAAAUUCUAAAUGAAGUUGAUACAUAUGAAAAGUAUUUCGAAGCAGUUACAGAAACUAUAUUAGAAGUUAAGAACAUAGAAACUGAUGUAGCAGUGUCAGAAAAGGAGCAAAAGAAUGAUUACACAAACAAGGAAAUUCAAAUAUCAAACAGUGAUUUUAACAUACCAACUUUGUCUACUUUGUUUCUUAACCAAUCUAAGCAAUUGAAUGAUAUGAAAGAAACAAUUAACGCAAUACAAAAAAACAUGGAAAUGAUAAAUCAGCAAGCAAAGUAUUCAAAUUCAUUGUUUAAAACAACCGAUAACACAAAUGAUGAUCACACAAUAAAUAAAAUUGAAAAACUGAUAAAUAAUACAAAGAGUGAAAUUACAAGCCAUCUAGAAGGAUCACUUAGUGAAAAUUUGAAAAAUAUCGUAAAAACAUUAGAUAAUUCUAUAUCAUUACAAAUGCAAAAAGUUUCAAAAGAUAUAAAUUCGCAAAUUGAUACUAAAUUUAGAUCAUAUAUUGAAAAGGAAAAUGUAAAAACGAAAAAACUGGGAGAUAACAAAAUGGAUAUAAAUAUGACGAUUGAAAAGACAAUCUCUACGUUGAUUAGUAACUCUCUGAUUCCAUCAUUUGAAACUAUUUCAAAAGAAAUGAUAUUUCAAUUCAACAAAACAAUAAUGUCUACCACGCAGGAAUAUACAAAACUUUUUGAAAAACAUGCAAAAUUCAAUACAUUGACCAACGAUUCAUCAGAACAGUUUCUAUUAAAGUCGCAACAAAACUUGAUGAAAACAGAAGAAGUAUUAAAACUCAAUUUAAAUUCUUUGUCAAAAGAUAUCAAAACGAUGGAAGCUCAUAUUUCAAGAACAAUCAAAGAUCAAAUCAAGAAUGAAGUUCAAAAACAAUUCCUAGAGCAGACGUCUGCCAUCAGAAGUUCAGUAUUGUCUGCCGUUCGAACACAAACACCAGUUCCAUCAUCUCAAAAUAUACAGAGUAACAUUUGUAGAUUGUUAGAUCAAGGUCAAAUAAAUAAAGCUUUUCACUUGGCUCUGAUUGCAAAUGAUCUCACAUUAGUAGAAUACACUAUUAAGAAAGCUGAUUUUGAUACAGUAUUUCAUCCAUGUAAUUUAGAACAAACGGUGCUUUUGUCACUUAUUCAGCAGCUAUCAGCCGAUAUGAAACAACAUUCUGAAUUGAAACAAAAAUACUUAGCGGAAGCAAUCAUAAAUUUAAAUUUAGAGGACUCUUCUAUUAAAGAACAUGCUCCAAGGAUUAUGACUGAGCUUCGUCAGAAUUGUAAAACGUUCGUCGCUGAAAAUCCAAAUAACUAUUUGACAAGCUACGUGAAAAUGUUAAUUCUGGCAUCACAAAGUGUCGCAUAAUCAAUAAAAUUAAAGUAAAAUGGUAUGUUUCAAUCAACCUACUUAAUAGGUUUUUAAUUUUAGAUUAAUGUUACUUAAUCACUGUAAGUAGACGAGAGUAAAAGAAUAUUUAUGAACAAGG